AUGGACCAACCACCGGGAACGGCAGACACUGCUGUCCAUGCAGAAACAAUGAAAUCGAAGGCACCCUCUGUUAACGACCCAGUAGACUCGAUCCAUGAUCCAAACUCCCGCUCGCCAACAGCCGAGCCCGACGAGGCAAAGGAGGCGCCGGUACCUAAAGGACCUCGUUUCUGGCUGACAUUCGUCUGCCUCGUUCUCACAGCCUUUGUGAGCGCCCUGGAAGGCUCGAUUGUAUCUACAGCGCUGCCGUCUAUUGCGCGUGCUCUCGAUGCAUCGGAAAACUACAUUUGGGUAGUCAAUGUCUACUAUCUGACCAGUGCUGCCGUGCAACCCAUCUACGGCCAGCUGGCUGAUCUUUGGGGGCGGCGGUGGCUUACCAUCGGCGCCGUCGCCAUCUUUACCGUUGGUAGUGGCAUCUGUGGUGGCGCCACGACGGUUGACAUUCUCAUCGGCGGUCGAACCGUUCAGGGCUUGGGUGCCGCUGGUAUCAAUACGCUCGUCGAGUUGAUUAUGUGUGACUUGUUGCCUUUGCGGGAGCGUGGGCAGUUCUUUGGCGUACUAUUUCUCUUCAUCAUCCUCGGUUCCGUCAUCGGUCCCUUCCUGGGCGGUAUUCUCGUCGAUCGAGUUUCCUGGCGAUGGGCGUUCCUCAUCAACGUGCCAUUCGGUGGUGUCUCUACCAUUCUUUUGAUUUUCGUUUUGAAGCUCAAGCAUACCGCGCCAGGCAAUACGCUCGACAAGCUAAAGAGGAUCGAUUACAUCGGCAACUUCCUGCUUGCCGGCUCGGUAUCCUCAGUCUUGUAUGCGCUUACAUACGGAGGCACUCGGUACACCUGGACAAACCCAGGCAUCCUUGUGGCCCUCAUCAUCGGCCUCCUCGGCCACGCUGCGUUCCUUCUAUACGAAGGUUCGCGCUUCUGCACCGACCCCGUCAUGCCAUUGUCGCUCUUCAGCAAUAGGACUUCCACAGCGGCAUACCUUGCCACGUUCCUACAAACCAUCGUCUCCUUCUGGGUGCUCUAUUUCCUUCCGCUAUAUUUCCAGUCGACUCAGCUAGUCUCGCCCACUCGAUCCGGUGUUAUGCUUCUGCCUUUCUCCAUCAUCUACGCGCUUGCAGCAUUUGUAGGAGGCGGGCUUACAACGAAACUGGGCCGUUACCGUAAUCUCCACUUUAUCGGUUUCGGUCUCAUGACUAUUGGCGUCGGUUUAUUCACGAUUUUCAACAGGAGCACUCAUCUUGCAGUUAUAGUAGUACUAGAAAUCAUAGUGGCCUUCGGUAUCGGUGUUACGACUCCCAACCUCCUAACGGCUAUCCAGGCCGCUUUGCCGGAGAGCUUGAACGCUCUCAGCACGGGUACUUUUGCAUUCAUUCGCAGUGUAGGCACCAUUUGGGGAGUCAGUAUUCCGGCAGCUAUCUUCAACAACAGGAUCGACCAGCUUCUGGGAGAAUUGACCGACGAGGGCGCGAGGCAAGCCCUAUCAAGCGGAGGUGCCUACGAAUCCGCGUCGAGCACGUUUGUGGAUUCGUUCCCCGACGCCGUUCGAAAUGUCAUCAUCAGCAUCUACGAGCGCAGUCUCAUGCGAGUCUGGCAAAUUGGAAUUGUCUUUGCGGGUCUCGGGUUCCUCGUCAUUGCUUUCGAGAAAGACCUGGAACUCAACAAGCAGAAGGAGACCGAGGACGUCGGCCUAGAAGACCGCCCGAAAGCUUCAGGCACUUCUCACUCCCAAGAGCCUAUUGUAGAGCAAAGGGGGUCGGACUGAAGAAAGAGACAACCAAACAAUUUGUAUUACCACAAUGCUGUGACGGCGUCGGCUUAAUUUGGAAAAAGCAGCUGGGUACCUGCUUCUCUUCCGUUGGAAAUUUAGAAUGUUGAUUUUAGGUAUAUAUGGUUAUAAUCAUAGGAAUCGCUUCCAUCCUUACCCCUUGCACAGAUUUUAGAAAGGGAUGGCUAGCCAUUACAACAAUAGAAGACUAAAUUUUUUCUCUCUAAGUAUUUAGCCCCUUCGGGAAUUAUUAGCGGCCCGCCGUUAGCGCUCUCAGCUAAAAUGUCACUAAAUACGCUUACUCAUCUCUAUGCAGACCUAAACUCACCGCGAUUCCUUAGCUUUUACCUAAUCGCGUAAACGUCGAGUGUACC